AUGUCGUCCGACUUACGAUAUCAGUUACACGAAUCACCUUCGAGAGAUAUGGUCACGCCACCACGUCAUAGCUUGCUCUACACUAUAGGCGAAAGCCGCCACUGUAUAAAAGAACGUUCUGAUGCUGCGUUCCGGCAUAACGCAAUUUUUGUGCAAAUACAAUAUUCUGUGAUUUUCACUUUACUCCUCAAAAAAACCAACCAAAAACCAAAAAUGGGCGCUGAAAAAGUAACCAUGAACAUCGUCGUCGUCGGACAAGUCCAAUCUGCCAAGUCUGUCAAGUCUGUGGCCAAAGCCACAACCACCACCAACCAAAUGAUGGUGAGUUAA